AGGGGCAUUAAACAAGACCAACCCACCUUCUCUCUCCCGCCGCGAACGGCGUGGCUCUUCUCCCAUUCCCAUUGCCGAGGGCGGUUGCGUUAAUCCCUGCGCCCCGAGAAUACAGGAGCGCUGGAGGACGGCGGGACGGGGAGGAGCAGAAAGCGCGCUCCAACUCUCGCGUCCCCCUUCUUCCCCGCGGCGCUGGCAGAGGCUCUUUCUUGACAGCCUUUCUCCAUUGCGCCACUUCGCGGGUUCCUGCGUAUCCUGCCUGAGCGGAACAAAUAAUGUUUAGGAGAAAGCAUGCCCCUGACUUUAACUCAAAUGAUGCUGAGCAGAGAAAAGCAAAGAUAAAUGAACUGAAAGUUGCACUUGGGCCUUUGUCUGCCCGUGGUGAGAAGUACUGCAGUGAAGCGUGCUUGAAAAGAUACCUAGAAGCCAGGAACUGGAAUGUUGCCAAGUCAAGAAAAAUGUUGGAAGAAAGUCUGAAGUGGCGAGCAGCUUACAGGCCUGAGGACAUUCGCUGGCCUGAUGUUUCUGCUGAAGGGGAAACAGGUAAAAUGUACAGGGCAAGUUUCCGAGACAGAGAGGACAGAACUAUUGUAGUUAUGAGGCCUACAAAACAGAAUACUUCGUCCCAUGAAGGGCAGAUACGGUUCCUUGUAUAUACUUUGGAGAAUGCUAUCCUCCACCUGCCUGAAGCUCAAGAGAAAAUGGUAUGGUUGAUAGAUUUCACAGGAUGGACAAUGGCCCAUGCCUCGCCCAUAAAAACCGCCAGAGAAACUGCGAACAUACUGCAAAAUCAUUACCCUGACAGGCUGGCUAUUGGAUUUCUAUUUAAUCCCCCAAAAGUAUUUGAGGCUUUUUUUAAGGUUAUUAAAGUUUUCCUUGACCCGAAAACAAUCGAGAAGGUGAACUUUGUUUACCAGAAGGAUGAGGAGAGCAUGAAGGUCCUGUACAAGUACAUUGAUCCUGAAGUCCUUCCGGUAGAGUUUGGGGGGAACAGCGAUGUGAUCUACAACCAUGAGGAGUACUCAGAGCUGAUGAUCAAGGAUGACAUCGAAACAGCUAACUUUUGGUCAGAUGAUGCAAAAACUGACCAUGCUAACCCUGUCACCAAUGGGACCAUGGUUCCUGAAGUUAAACCGCAGCCAUCGGUACUUGCUGCUAAAGCUAGCUGAGUAGUAUCUGCUUGCUAUGCUGACAGGAAAUUGACGAGGACAGGACCAAGGGAGUGUUCGCAUGAAUAAAUGAAAAUAAGAGACAUUGUAUUACUCGUUCAUAAUCAAAGUUGUAGCAGUACUCGAAUUUCAUUCAGUACAUGGUACAAUUGGAUAUCACCAUGGUUGAUUUUAUGCCCAGAGAAAUGGUGUACAAGGUACUUCGUUAGUGAAUAACUAAUACUAUUUGUCAGUGGUUGUCAGAUGAAUAAGUACCUAUCAUAAGUACCACUC